GCCACAGCGAUCGCUUUACCCACCAAUGCGAGGGAGCAAUAGGGACUGACCAACUGAAGGUCCCGCCGGCCGCAGUUUGGAAUUAUAUUCCUUUCAGCACAGUACAAAUGGGCCAAACGCGGUCACCAAGCCCGACCAGCAGUGACACCAUCGUGAGUGUAAUGCCCAACAUCGAGAAUAUCAAGGCGUCCGCAGUAGAUAAGCAGCCUCGCAAGAAGAACAAGCGGCCGUCCAAGCGUUUCCUGUGGCAAGAAGAUUUACACCUGCGAUUCGUAGCCGCCAUCUUUGAUCGUACGUAGAUUUCGAUGUGCGAGAUUGGAGGAACCACGAUGACUAACUUGAGGUCGCGUUGUCAUUCCGUUAACUCAGUUGGUCUUAAAAAUGCGUCCCCGAAGACACUACUGCCUUUGAUGAACAAGUCUGACCCGUACUCGGGGCUCACGACGGAGCAUCUCAAGUCGCACCUUCAGAAGUACCGGAUCAAUUACGAGCGUUCGCGGGAAGAGUUUCAGCGACUUUGCGAUCGUGAAGUCAAGCGUGAUCGCAAGCGCCGCCGUCAAUUGGACAGCUACUCAGAGUCCGAUGGGAGCGAUAAACCGUUGUAUCGGAACAGUGAGCUUGCCGAUGCUGGUUCAGUAGCGGUCGCUAGCUACUCUUAUGAGUACCUACCGGCUCAGCAAGCUCCAGUUUCUUCUGGUAUGCCCGAGCUCACUGACGCUCAGUGGCGAACGUUCAGUAUGCUCAUGUCGGCGCCUCCUAUAGACGAUUCGCUGUCGGUGCAGAUCCCACAAGAGACACCUUCGCCGCAAACUUUGACGCAAGACAACCUCCAUAUGCAGAUGCACCAAGCCAUGCAAGCACAAAUGAGUUUCCAUCGCGAAAUGCUCGCGCGUAAGGUCCAGUUGUCGAAUGAUCUUUAUCAUUGUGAGGAGAUGGAGACCUGGAGUAGAAACCAUCAAGUACCGGGCGAUGGAAGCGUCUUUCAGCAAGCAUGGGCCAAUACGCAGCAAAUACACCAGCGUCAACUGGCAUCCCACCGCUUGCAACGGCAAAUGAAUCAAUUCGAAGCCCCACUGCAUCAAAGACCAUCAGCACCAUCGGAAGUGCCUGCUGCUUCGCUUCCUUCGCUGGUAGCUGAAGACCAGAUACCCCAUGCGAAGGGUGACACUGGUCUCAACCGGUGGGAUCUCUUCAACGUCAGUCUUGACGAUGACGAGUUGUUUGAGUUCCUUAAAGCGUAACAAUGUAUGUGUCGAUCGAUGUAAGUAAGAUUCUAUCUCGUUUUCAUUAGCAA